AUGGGCAAACAGACGAAAGCCACCAAAAAAUUCGAGAAGAACCGCCUCAAAGACACGAUUGAACGACGAAAAGAGUUCGCUAAGAUCAAACAGCGGCACCAGCUGAAAGCGAAAAAGAAACAAAGAGCGACACAGAGAGCAAAAGAGGAGGAAGGUGAUAAUAAGUCAAAUGUUGAGACUGACGAUAAUGAUGCCGAGGAUAUGAAUGAAGAUGAGUUCUUUCAGGACACGCUGGAUAUACCAGAGCAUGAGACAAAGACGCCGAAGAACAAGAGCGGAAAGCGGAAGAGGGACGACAUCAUCAACGAUGAACCUGGAGACGUUGAGAGCGAUGGCUCAGAAGAUGCAAUCGAGGGCCACAAAACUCAACUGGCUGCAUUGGCCGAGAAGGAUCCUGAAUUCUACAAAUACCUUCAGGAAAACGAUGCAGAGCUGUUAGAAUUUGACGAAGACGACGAUCUCGCGGCAGUGGACGACCUCAGCGAAGAAGAACCUCCCACCAAGAAGCAAAAGACCAAGGAUGUCCAUACAGAGGAGCCUGAGUCACCGGAUGAGAUUACCCUAGCGAUGGUCAAGAAGUGGAAGGUCUCCUUAACCGAACAAUUCUCCAUAAGAGCUCUCAGACAAGUGGUGCUAGCUUUCCGCGCCGCGGCACAUGCGGACGAUGAAGAGGAUAAGGUCUUCAAAUACAACAUUGCCAGUCCGGAGGUGUACCAUGAGGUCCUCAUAACGGCCCUGAAGCAGGUACCCCUGGCUCUAUCACAUCAUCUUCCAGUCAAGGAGUCGGCUGCUGGCAAGCUGCGCAUCCCGACAGACUCCCCCAAGUUCAAGACUCUGGCACCGUUGAUCAAAUCACACGCCUCAUCUCUUCAUUACUUGCUCGAGCAUUUGUCAGACGCAAAGACCUUGAGGUUGACGCUCGAGUCCUUUGAACCGUUACUCCCAUAUCUCCUUCAAUUUCGCAAGUUUCUGAAGGUGCUCACGAAAGCCGUCGCAUCAAUCUGGUCCGACAACUCUUCGGAUGAAGCAACAAGAAUCACCGCUUUCUUGGUCAUUCGUCGAUUGAUGGUGAUUGGUGACGGUGGGAUCCGCGAAGCUGUCUUGAAGGCGACAUAUGAGGGCGUCGUCAAGGGCAGCCGCAAUACAUCAAUCCAUACUCUCGCGGGAAUCAACUUGAUGAAAAACUCGGCAGCCGAGAUUUGGGGCAUCGACCAGAAGGUCAGCUACACAACAGGCUUCACAUUCAUUCGCCAACUGGCCAUUCACCUCCGUGGCAGCAUUACCAAACCGACCGGGGACUCAUACAAGACUAUAUACAAUUGGCAGUUUGUCCACUCUCUUGACUUCUGGUCUCGGGUAUUGUCCAGCCACUGCAACUCACUGCUGGAAGCACAGAACGGCAAACCUUCACAGCUACGCCCACUCAUUUACCCGGUUGUGCAGGUCACCCUGGGCGCGAUGAGGCUGAUACCGACAUCCACAUACUUUCCUCUUCGGUUUCAACUCAUGCGGUCUCUGCUGCGUAUCUCGCAAGCAACCGAGACAUAUAUACCUUUGUCAGCCGCACUCCUGGAGGUGUUGAACUCAGCACAGAUGAAGAAUCCCGCAAAGCCGUCAACUGUACGACCUUUGGAUUUCGCAGCGAACAUCAGGGCCCCUACGUCACAUUUGAAGACGAAGGUGUACCAAGACGGAGUGGGAGAACAGGUGGUUGAAUUACUUUCCGAGUUUCUUGUACUGUGGACGAAGAGCAUUGCGUAUCCCGAGCUCCAACUGCCAGUCAUCAUCAUGCUGAAGCGAUGGUUGAAGGCAGCUUCGAAGCCGAGCGGGAACAAGAACGGCAAGCUCAAUCAAUCCCUUCUUGUGCUAGUACAGAAGUCGGAAGCCAAUGCUCAGUGGAUCGAGGAAAGGAGGAACAUGGUCAACUUUUCUCCGAAGGACCGGACGGAGGUAGAAGCAUUCCUGAAAGACGUGAAAUGGGAAGACACCCCUCUUGGAGCGUUUGUCGUGUCGCGAAGAAAGCUACGGGAAGAAAGGAGAAAGGUGCUUGAACAAGGGAGGAAGGAACAAGAACGACGAAAGGCGGCGGAAGAAGAUGCCGACAGCGAUAUCGAGAUUGCUUGA